AUGCCCUCCAACUCGCUCGAGCUGCUCCGCUCUCGCCUCGAUGUGGACAUCGACCAGCUUGACCCGGUCCUGGCGGCCAAGCUCGGCCCGUUUGUCAACAUGACAAGCAACCAGGCGCUCGUGCUGGGUGUUGCUACUCAGCCAGGCAAUGAACAGUUUGUGCGGGAUGUGGUCGCGCGGGCCAAGAAGGAGAGCAAGAACGAGGCCGAGGGCGUCGACCUGGCACUGGACCUCAUCGCUGUCCUCCUCGCCAAACCCGUCCUCCAGCACAUCACCUCCUUCCUCCAUUUCCAGGUCUCGCCGCGCUACUCGUCUUCGGCCAGCAAAACUGCCGCGCACGCCCGGCGCAUCGUCGCCCUGGCAGAGGCAGAGGGCAUCCCCCGUUCCCGCGUCUGCAUCAAGAUCCCAACCACCGGCCCGGGCAUCCUCGCCGCUGCUCAACUCGAGUCUGAGGGCAUCGCGACUCUCGCCACUGUGCUGUUCACUGUUGACCAGGCCGUGGCCGCACACCAGGCCAAGUGCCACUUCGUCGCGCCCUACUUCAACCCCCUCCACGUCCACUUUGACGGCGGGUGGGUGGAGUACGCCAACCCGGCCGUGGAACACCAGAUGGGUCCCGUUGUCGGCGCCAUUGUCGCAACGUUCAAGCAGCUGGGUGCCACGACGCAUGUCAUGCCCGCGAGCGUCGUCACCCCCGAAGAGGCCAUUGCGCUGUCGACGCUGGGCGUCGACGACCUCACCCUCCCUCCCAAGGUACUCGAGGGCCUGGCGGCACGGCCCGUCACGCAGGCCGACCUCGAUGCCGGUGUCAAUGUCCCAAAGUCGGCUUCAACGACCGACUUUCCCGACUUUCUCGCCAACGACGGCGUGACACUCGAUGCUUCCAUCAAGUCUGACAUUUCCGUCCAGGAGCGAUUGGAUUAUGCUGUCAACAAGUUUGGAGAGUGUGAGGCAAAGCUGCUCAAGAUCGUCAAGACGAUUUGGACCGAGAAGCUCAAGUGCUUGGUAGCAGAGGACGACAGCGCAUCUUGCUCCGCGUGUGCCAAGGCCAAGGCCCACUGCGUGUUCGACGAGGUGAACCAGAAGCAGGCAAAGUUACACAAUUACGUGCUUGCACUCGAGACCCGUGUGGCCACGUUGGAGAGGUCUCUUCAUGAUCUCGAGCCCUCACACCCAGCCCUCGCGGACCGCUUCAGCGAACCGACCACCGAGGCUGAGACGUCAACGCGCAAGCCCACACCCAACGCCCCGUGUAUGCCUCUUCCUACCGCUGGCUCCAGCCGAGACACCGAUACAGGCAUGCGACGGAUUGUGAUGGGAGCAAUCCACCACGACCGUCCCCACUUUCGGCCUACAGAUCUUGCAGCAAUUAUACAGCCUGGGUCCCCCACCACCCAUACAGGAACUGUCAACGUAAACCCAAAGCUUCCGCCAGCGCCAGUUGCGAAUGAGGUUCUGUCGGUGGUAUACCGCCAUGUGCAGUCCCGCUAUCCGUUCUUGGAACGUGGUCGCCUUUUUGCGUGGCAUGAUAGGCGGGACGAAGUCUGCUUUACCUGGACAGAGCCGACAGGCUCGUCCUCGCGUACCGAUGACCAGAUUGGAGCCUUCUUCUUGUGGAUGAUAUACGCCGUCGGUGUCGAGCUCGCGCCAGACCCGGCACUUGAGAGCGGAAAGACGUACCUCACUCGGGCGAUGCGGUAUCUCGAGCCGGUCCUCCGAGCAAACGACAUUACGACUGUACGUGCAAUGCUGCUUCUCCUCUUCUUCAGCUUUCGCUCCAGCGACGGUCCUCCUCUGUGGUCCCUCAGCGGGUUCGUCAUGCGCCUCUGCCUUGAACUCUACCUGCACCGUGAAAACCAUGCGCAGACUCCAUUCGAAGCAGAGGACCGCAAACGGGUGUUCUGGUCGUCGUACAACUUUGAUCGGCUCAUUGCUCUGGCCAGCGGUCGACCAUUCAGUAUUGCCGACAUUGACAUUGAAAUUGCAAUCCCUGUCGACAUUGACGUCGAGGACCGGGACCCGACGCGCAUCGCUGUCCUACAAGUUGCCCAGCCAACAAUGCCACCGCCGUACGCCGUCACGGGCGAGAUGACCAACAUGUCAUCUGCGGUUCACACGAUAUGGCACUACCGCUUGCGCUCGCGAGUGUAUGCGCUAUACGCAGUCCGAGCCGAGCCACCAUCUCCAGAACUGAUCCGCACCCUUCUCAAUGAUCUUCAAGAAUGGCGUACCGCUAUCCCACACGCUACGUCACCCGACAUGCCGGUGCAGCCAGAGGACAAGUUUGACAUGAUCUACUUUCAAACGGUGCUGUUCACCUUGCGGCAGCAGGUAAUUCAGUGCGACGCGUCAGACCCACUGCUGGCGUUAUGUGCCAUGACGGCGGCCGAAUCAUGCGAGCGUGGAAGAAAGGUCCAUCAAGAUCCGAAGACAAAACGUACAAUCUGUUCACUGUGUCACAUCUUCGUUUCGGGCAUGACGCUCCUGCAUUGCCUGUCAGCCAACCCCAACGCCAUUCCUACUCGCACCUCAUCACGCGCACUUCGGGCAUGCUCAGCGACGCUGGCCAUAUAUGCCCAUCUCUUUCCCGAUGCCGGCCCGUUCGCUCAACUGUUUGAAUACUUCUCCGACGAGGUCAUGGACGGUGACGUGGGGUCGUUGGGAGGCGUGUGUGGUGAUGGGAAAGGCACUGGAACCCUCACCGCAGAGAUCAUCAAGCAGGCCAUGUUGGGAGAGUUUAGCCAGCUGGGCACUGUGUACGAAUCGCUCAACCGUCCAAGCCAGCAGGACGACCAUGCCAGAUCGCCAUCUGUGCGUAAGCCUGCUGCCCCACUGUUCAACCUUCUCGCGCCGCUCCCACCGUCCGAUGGCACACCGGCGCUGCCAGCUAUUACACCCACACUGGACUUGUCCACUGCACUGCCCUCGACAACUACAGCCCUGCCGCAGCUCAACUACGACCUUGGCAACCUGAACAGAUACGGCGGCGAUCUGGUAUCAUUCCUCGACAUUUCGCUUGACACGCCCAUUGACGGCUGGCUGGGCAGCUGGGACCAGGCUGGCAACGUAUAG